ACCGUGGUUCAAUGCUUUUGAACCGGAAGUGACAGCUGCUUCGGAAAAGACAAGAAAAAAAAAGUCGGCUUUCACGGGUUAAAUAUUCGGCAAAACUCCACCUAGAUCUAAGUAAUGUGUUGGCGACCGACUUGCUGGGUUAGAAGAGCCAGUGCAGGGUCAAAGUUGGACGUGGAAGAUGACGUCACAAACAUCCUGAUCUUUGGCGUUACCGGAAUGACAGGGGGCGCUGUGGCAGAGGCGGCUUUAGGCUGUGCCUGGUUUCGUGUCACGGGAUUUACCCGAAUGCUCCAGGGUGAGGCCUAUGAUGAACUGGUUUCAAAAGGGGUGUCGGUGUUCACUGGUGACAUGAACAAGCCGUACACAAUCAAGGAAGCAAUGGACAACAUAGACACAGUGUUUCUCACUACUACCUACUGGGAGACAAUGAAUGCAGAAACAGAAUAUCAACAGGGCUUCAACGUGGUGACUGCCGCUGUCCAGUGUCAAGUGAAACACAUCAUCUACGUUGGGGCCGAGUAUUCAAUGGUAACAGCCGCUGAACGGUGCAAGUGCCUGGAGGGAAAGGCCAUGAUCGAGAACUAUAUAGUAUCUACAGGUAUUCCAUACACCAUUGUGCGCUUAGGUUUUUAUUUCGAGAAUUUUCUGAGUUUGUUCAAGCCUCACCAAACCAGCAAAAACGACUUCGCUAUAGCACUCCCAAUGGCAAACCACGGCCUGAACUGUGGCAGCAUCAUUGACUUUGGUCACUGCAUCGCCAAGCUGGCUCUCCGUCCAGACACGUACGUGUUCAAAACCCUCAAGCUGGCCACUUCUUACUUGACAGUGACGGACAUUGCUGAGAAACUCAACACUUACUUCCCGGACCUCAACUUUUAUAACCCAAAGAUACCUUUGUCUGCCUACAGGAAGUUUGAUUUUGAGGGCGCCACUGAACUGACCACCAUGUUUGCUCACUACCGGAGCCUGCACGAAUGGGACCGCACAACUGCCAUGGAACUAUAUUCAUACAACCGAACGUUUGAGCAAUGGCUCAAGGAUACCGAUAGAGUUCUGUUGGAAAUCAUAUUUGAGAACAUGGAUAACUUUGCUUCAGAUAAUGUUUUCCGUGACGCGGUCAACGUUGAGAGAGCAAUAUUUACUGACCAACGCACAAUUGAUGAAAAGAGAAACAAACACUCUCCAAUAAUUCAAUUAGAGGCACACAAUGAGAAUUCUUUCCGUGAACAGCAGGAGAUGAUGAAAAAGAAACUUUUGGAUACAGUCCCCUUAACUUAUUUCUUUCAAAGUAUUUUCUCAUCGGGAUCGUCUCAGAAAACCGAGGUAAGAAAAGGAACUUUCAUUGACCAACCAGGAAAAAAGCCGUCACGCCAUGAGGUGUAAGCUGUUCUCUGAGGCUCACCAGAAGACAGACAACUUGUCAUGUGAUCGAUCCAGGUCGAAAAUAUCCAACCAGGAAGUCAAAGAAACGGAGAUUUAAGAAGCAAUUUUUACAGUGAUAUAUUUGACUGAUACAUAUUUGUUUAUGAACCAUAUCCAAGAAUAGGACCCUUUAAAAAAUAUACCUGAACAAAAAUAUUUAUUUAAAGUGAAGAGUAAGCUUACUCUCUACAGGAAUGUACACACACACACACAAAAGUAUUGUAGCAAUUGCACAAUCACUUUGUAACUAACUUGCUGAAGCUUAUAUUUUCCCCCUAAUAUUUGUACAUAGAUAUUCAAUUUGAUAGUAGAGCCAUGGUGAAACUAAGCAGUUGCAGUAAGUAAAUGUAUUUCUCCCUAUGAGCUAUAAAUGUUCCAUUCCAAAACAUUCUAUACUUUAAAAUGUCAAAGGCUUCUUCUACAGUUGUAUUGAUUACAAACGCCUGUUUGAUUUGAGCCGUUCCCAACUACUAGCCCUAGUAUUUGUUACGACUUUAUUCUCUCCUACACAAAGUUGUCCAUAGAAAGAUGUUGAGUUAUUACGUCAUUUAAAAAUGUGUAAAGACAUUGAACGUGUAAGUAUUUCUGUAUAUAAAACGUGUUCCUUAACUCUGUUGUUAUAAUAAAAUUUUGAUUGAACGUUUGAA